AUGGAUCUCCUCCACUCCCAGCUGGACAUUAUCCAGCGCAAAUUGGCCUUCGUAGCAGUGGAAGACAUUCCCUGGAAAUUCUAUGUCCAGACAUUCUCAUGGGCUGUUAGCAUCUUCGAGUCGUACCUCCUGAUUCGCCAAUAUCCUCUCUACUCCAAAACGUCGCCUCCGGAGGUGCUCGCCAAGCACUUCGACAAAGGCGUCUUUGAAAAAUCGCAGGCUUAUGGCAAAGACAAGGCCAGGUUUGCGCUGUUCUCGGGUAUCUACAAGCAGGCUACCGACUCUCUUAUGCUGCAAUACGGCUUUUACGCGUGGUCGUGGAGCGCGGCGGGAGCACUGCUAGCAAAAGUUGGAUAUGGGCCUGAAUACCAGAUCCUUCAAUCUAUCGGAUUCGUUUUUAUUCUCUUCUUCGGCUCGUCUCUUCCUGGUCUUCCUCUUCAAGUCUACGGUACAUUCGUACUAGAAGAAAAACACGGUUUCAACAAAACUACACCGGCGCUCUUCAUCUCUGACCUGUUCAAAGGCUGGGGCGUUGCUUUCAUGCUCGGUGCUCCUUUCCUCGCAGCCUUUUUGUAUAUCUUCCAAUGGGCCGGUGACCGUUUCGUCCCUUGGUUGAUGGCCUUCAUGAUUUCGUUCCAGUUGGUCAUGGUGAUCCUGUACCCUACAGUUAUUCAACCUCUCUUCAACAAGCUUUCCCCUCUACCAGAGGGCGAGCUUCGCACUAGGAUUGAGGGACUUGCUGGCAAACUCAAAUUCCCGCUUAAGCAUCUGUACGAAAUUGACGGCUCGAAGCGCAGCUCUCAUAGCAACGCCUAUUUCUUUGGGCUCCCAUGGAGUAAGCACAUCGUCAUUUUCGAUACGCUCAUCCAACAAAGCAAACCUGAGGAAGUAGAAGCCGUUCUUGCCCACGAGCUCGGACACUGGUACUACCUACACCCCACAAAACUAAUGGCCAUCUCUCAGGUACACAUUUUCGGCAUCCUCGCACUCUUCCCCGCCUUUUUGCACGCGCCGCCCCUCCUGCGCGCGUUUGACUUCCCCAAGGCCGUCGCAGCGCAGUCACCCACAAUUGUCGCGUUCUUGCUCUUCCAGAUGAUUCUGACACCCGUCGAGGCUGUCGUGAGCAUCCUUAUGAACGCAGUGAGCAGACAUUUUGAAUGGGAGGCCGACCGCUUUGCGGUUGAGCUUGAAGAGAAACUCGGCGAGGUCGAGGGUAAGGGUAUGGGCGACAUGGGAGAGCGUCUUGGAAGGGCGCUUAUUGCGCUUCAUAUCAAGAACUUGUCGACAGUCUGGGUUGAUUGGCUAUACUCGGCGUAUCACCACUCACAUCCUACUCUGACCGAACGCUUGAAGGCCCUUGAAGCUUUCCAAGCUAAGAAGGUCAAGAAGGAGUAA